AUGGCUUCAUCUACUACCAUCUCCCAGUUGACUCCACUGUUAUCGACGACGCCCUAUUUGCUUGCAUAUGCGCUACCUCUACUUCUGCUUUCGCUCAUACUCACAUUUUCCGGCACAUUUCUUACCCUUGAUCGUUCAAGAUCGUUUCCCCCAACAGAUGGCGCAGUGAAAGGUGGGAAAGGCUACGCUGCUCUCCCGAAGCCUGGUACAUUGUCCUUGGAAAAAACCAAGAAAACUCUCAGAAGACUUCAUUGGAUACUGGAGGGAGGAAUUGGUGGACUAGCUGGAGGAUACGUUUUUGGCUUGCAUUUCGCCACCGCCCUUGCCAUUUUGAUACCAGCAACGACUGCAUCCGCCACAUUGUCGCCUAAAGCAUUUCUCGCGAUCUGGAUAUUAACUUGCGCCGUCACCACACCCCUCGCAGGACGCUACUGCUAUAUCGCAUUCUUUUUCUUCGGCCUCUCUGGCGGAACCCUGUUUGCCCUAGCACUCUCCAUCAUCAUUCACCCCUCCCUACUUUCGCGCGUCAUCCUCGUCGGUAUCUUUCUGCCUCUUUUCACGCUUCUCGUUCUGUUCACCGCAAUCGUUCCGAUCCCACGGCUCACCGCGAAAUUCCUACAUCCUGUUCUCCGAUUCUGCACGGCGUCCACCGGAUCCUUUGGGAUCGUUCUUUCCAUCGCUCUUCUACUCAAACCACAAGCAGAGAGCUGGGCAAAUGCAUGGGAGAGGUUCUACAUGGAGAAUGCCUCCAUGGAUGGUUAUAUGUGGGGGUCUAGUCAAGAGCAGGGUUUGAGCGCAGCGUAUGCCGUGUUCCUCUUCAGCGGUAUAGCAGUUGAUUGGGCUCUGAGAAGACGGAUUGGUGAAUGUCCAGACGAGAAAUGGGACAAGUACCUCGCACAGUAUGCAGCCAACCUUCCAAAUCGACCGGAUAGGGCUGGAACAUUCCAACCGCUCACAACGAUUUGGGACCGUCUCUUCCCUCCUCCCUCGCCAGUGGUGCCCUUCGAGAAGGAGGCUAUGUUUGGGAGCGAAGUCGAUGUUAAGACAGCAGUGCCCGAGCCUCUGCCUGUGACGAUGCAUAAUAAAUCCCCCGGGAGACUCGAGCGAGGGAUGGAACUCACCAGCGUCCCAGCAAGCACCGAACUCCUUAGGAAGAAGCGGUCCAAAGCUCACCGUGGAGGCGGAUGGCGGAUGGCCGGUGUGGAUGGAGAGAGGAAGGAGCGCAAGCCUGUCAAGUUUGGAGAGACGAGUGACAGUUCUGACUCUGACUCUGACGAUGAGACGAAGAAGGCAUCGAGCUCGUCAUCCCCCGCGUCAUCCCCCGUUCUGCGCUCGCACCACCCGGAACGCAAAUGGACUCUGAUGGACGCCCGCCAUUUCACGUCGUCGUCGUCUACACCCACGCUUGUAGGCCUUGCUGGCAAGAACACCACCUCGUCCUCGUCCUCUGACCCCCGAAUUGAUAGUCUUAAUAAACUCGACUACGACAAGGAAAUUGCGCAGCUCAAGAUGCAACGCAAGAAGCUUGGUGUGGAGGACGACUGUGAUGACCUCGACUACUCGGACUACGACGAUAAUCUCGCCGCGCGGCCCAUUCUUUUCAGGACACGGACGGUUGAGGAGACGGAGUGGACCCCCGCGUUUUUGACGAGGCACCAGAGCGCGCGGCGUGCUGAGCCUGGUCAUCUGGCUGCGCCUGCACCGGUUCCUGCGACGCCUUCGUUGAUCAAGGCUAUUGAUCGCCUAGCUAUGGCUCAGCGAGAGGCGUUCGGGAAGGCGUCGAAUUCUACGCCUGUCACGCCACCUGCGACUUCGCCCGUUGCCGCUGCGCCGACAAAAGCACCUGCACCAGCGUCGGGGAAAGCAGAGUCGAAUCCCAAACCUGAGUCGAAUGCGAAACCUCCUCGACCUCCGCGGUCCGCUUCGAGGAGCCGUUCUACUUCCCAAGCACGUCGUCAGCAGCAUGUGUCCCCAGAGGACGCUGAGAUGGGUGCCGCUGUCCAACUUGAUGAGCCCAGUAACUCAGAGAGGUCCCCGCGAUGGGAAGAGUUCUGGCGCGAGGUACGAGUCAAGGCGCAGACUUAG